AUGGUAAGUAUUUGCUUCGGAAAACUGAACAGCAUAAAACAACAACACCAUAUUUGUCCCCGAGAGGAGACAAACAUCGGUGCGAGUGUGGUGUGGCCCGAGAGCUCACCAGGAAGCAACAUUACAUCAGAACCAGCCUGCUUUCACGACGCGCACGUGGUGAGAAGGAGCUGUGUCGACACACAAUGGAUGCCGCCGGCGACCGAGCUCAGCCCGUGCGAGGACACACAAAAUAAUAAUUCGGCGACGUGUCCUCCGAGUUUUUACGAAAUCUCCAAAAAUAUUGAUGACUUUUGCUACCAAAUCAGUCCAUCGUCGUCGUGGGAUUAUCCGUGCUUGAAAAACGGUGGAGCUGCAGUCAUCACGGAAUUUGAAGACGAAGACGUGGAUGAUUUAUUGGCUUCUCUAAAACGACAAAAUGUUUCGAGAUACUUCUGGCUUCCGGGCCGACGGGCGGGAAUAUUCUCUUCGAUGACCUGGUACGUGUCUGGACCUAAUUGGGGAAGAAAUGUUGAAAGUAAAAAUAAGCUCAAGAUAAGUACUUCCAUAUUUAAAAAUUGCCUACUACUCGAUAUUCAGGAGCAAAUUAUAAUUGCCGAUUUCUGUUCAGUGAAAUACCCAAGUUUAUGUUUCUACGUGAACGACAUUUACUAUCCGGCUAGAUGCCCCGAAAACUACUACGCCGUACGUUAUAUGAAAGAUACUGGAGUGUGUCUCGGUAUUGAGCGUUCCGAAAGCAGUCUCCGAUUUGACGAAUUUCAAGCCGAAAAAUGUAAAACUGCAAUGGGAAAUACGGACAAUAGUGAACUGAUAAGAUUUAUUUACAAGAAAAUUGGGGAAGAAAAUAAACUAGCCGAUAAUGAGUGGUGCUGGUUCUCGAGAACUAUUUCAGUUUAUCAAACGAAUCAAUCAUCUACAGAAAACUCAACAGAAAUAUCUUACAUCCCGAUAUCGAUAAAUAAUGCUGGAAUGCUAAAUGUAAUGAACUCUUCAGCGAUGCUACCGUGUAUGGCGUGUAAGUCUGAGGUAAAUUAUGAUACAACAGAGCUAAUCUUUGAAUACAAUGAAAACGAAAAUGCUAUGUAUCUCACAAUUUACCACCCAUCCGGACUCUGGAAGUACGAUGCAUAUGACACCGGUAUACAAUGCUUUUCUGAUGCUUCUGGCACUGUUCGCGUUAUAGAUAUGACAGAUAUACCAGAGUUAACAAACGAAAACAGCAAAUUAUCAUCAAAUGUAGAAAAAGCUACUUAUAGAAUCAGCCCGGUCACGAGUAGUCCAGCGCAGUAUUGGUGUGAAGGCCAUUCGAAGAAUUUCUCUUUCAUUUCGACGGAGAAAAUUGUUGUCAAUCCCAAAUAUGGUGAAAUUUACGUCUUCACACUUGUUUUGGAACUUUACAUAGCAAUUUGCGAUGUACAACAUCAGCUAGAAUCAGAAAUUUAUACUCUUUCUAAUAACCUAGAGCAAGUUUUUGUAGGAAGUCAAGCACUGAUUAUGGAAUUACUUGGUUAUUCUGAUGAGCUUUUGAUGGUUCUAGUACAUUUGCAUGUACCAGUGGAGGAAUCUUUUAAGUUUAACGACACGAGUUUUCUGAAUUUAUACAAACAAUUAUUAUAUUUAGCCCAAACGGAUCUCCAAAAAUAUAACUACACGUUUAGGAAUUUAACAAGUUCGAUGUAUUGUUUACCGACGACCACUAGAGAUCAAUUGAUGACAUUGGACUGGGAAGCGACGCCAAUUGGUCAAAUUGCAGCUCCAAAACAAUUUUGUUUGCAAGAGAAUGGGCUUCCCGUAAAACGGUUGUGUGGUGGUUCAUAUCGUCUAGGUGGCAAAUGGGGAAAAGUAGAGGGAGCUUGUGAUAUGACUUAUUCACCAUCUUCAGCGACCACAUUUUUAUACAACUUUGUUAAGGGGCAAGUGCCUGAACAGUAUAUAAUAAAUUUCAUAACGUCUGGUCUUAGAUAUGUAUUAAAUGAUAUAAAUAUUAUUAUCCCAGCAGAUAUAUAUUAUCUGGCAGUGUCAUUACAACAUUUUUUGAGGUUGAGUGAAAAUAAUGGAACGUCUAUGGAUACUGGAAGCAUAGGCAACAUAGCGUGGGCUAUGAAUAGAUUAAUGGUUCUCAACAAUAAUUACUUACGCUUAGCUCAAACGCUAAAUUCUACUAAUAUUAUUCUUGAUACUAUAAGCAACAUCAUUGAAUUAAUAACCGUUAAGCACUUGAAAGCGGGAAGACAUUGUAAUAAGUAUUAUGACUAUGCUGUUGAGCCGCAAUUUAUAAUUCAAGUUACGUAUCCAAAAAUAAACAACAUAAGUGGUAUAGCUGUAAUACAAAACUCAGGUUCAAAAGAUUUUGAAGAUGUAGAAAUAAUACCCUUAUACCAGAAUGCUUCACUGGAAGACAUUUUGUCUAUAGAGAAUUUAGAAAUAGCUGCGUGGUUGCCAAAUUCGGUCAUAAGAUCUCUUUUGAAAAACACAAAUGAAAGUAAUGAAGAAAGUGAAAAAGAUACUGAUCUUCAUGUCAUCAUUAACAUUUUUUAUAACGAUGCUAUGUUCCAAGAGUUAAAUCCAAACAAAUUCAUAGUAAAUAGUCGUAUAAUAGGUAUAUCUAUUCCAGGAUACAUACCAAAUUUAAAGCAUCCAAUCUCUCUUAUUUUUAAAGAUAUUCAGUAUACUACAGAUGCAAAACUCUGUGGAUAUUGGGAAUUUCAUCCUGAUUAUAAAAUUGACACUCCCGGACACUGGUCUAAUCGCGGUUGCUAUUACAAGUAUACGAAAAACAAUUUAACUGUAUGCGAUUGCUAUCAUUUGACUAAUUUUGGACAACUUCUUUUUUUGAGACAGUCUUUGCCUAAUAAUAAUUUCAAUAGUAGAUCUGAAAGUCACAAUAGGAACUUAAAUAUUAUAUCUUUAGUUGGUAGCUUUUUAUCGUUAUUGGGAAUAUUUGUAAUUUAUAUCACAGCGACGUUAUUCAAUAAAUGGAGACAAAAAGCAGGCACGAAGGUUUUAUUAAAUUUAUCGGGUGCUAUAGCAUUACCUUUAAUUUUUAUGGUUAUAUUUAAUUUAGGUAAUAAAGCAUUUAGGCCACCCAGUGAUGAAAACGGAAGUCAAAAAAUCUUUAUUGCAUGCAUUACGUUAGGGGCCCUUUUGCAUUAUUCUGUUCUCGCAAGUUUUAUGUGGAUGUUGAUUACAGCAGUUUUACAAUUUAUACGCUAUGUGAGGGUCUUAGGAGUUCGUCGGCCGUCGAGAUUUGUCAUGAAAUUUACUUUAAUUGGUUGGGGUAUGCCAACUAUACCAGUAAUUGUCACGUUAACAUUAGAUAAAGAAAAUUAUAUUCCAAGCAAUUUACCUGAUAACAUUUGUUAUCCAACUGGACUUUACCUAAUAUUUGGUAUUGUUGUACCGAUUUCUCUUAUAUUAAUAGUUAAUGUUAUACUUUAUGUGUUAGUAAUGUGGUCGAUUUCACGUGGUCCUGAUGGUAAGGUGAGGUCAGUCGAUAUGGAUCUUAUUGGAGCUCAGUUUAGGUUAUCGGUAUUUCUAUUCUUCUUGUUAGGUCUCACGUGGAUAUUUGGUUUGUUCUCCUUUUCUAACAACAGCAUGUGGUCCUAUCUAUUUUGUCUUACAUCUACUCUACAAGGAUUUGUACUCUUCUUAUAUUUUAUUAUUUGUGAUCCUGAAACUAGGAAUUUGUGGUUGUCUUUGAUGACUAGGUCACGAUCGAAUUCAAAAUCAAGGGAAAGUAUUACAAGUAUAAGUAGUGGAUAG